CAGUUGGUUUAUAAAGUAGGAAAAACCCCAAUUGCAAUUGACGUCUGACGAUGACGACUGCGCUCUUCUCUCCUUUUACUUAACCGCAUGCCCUGCAGAAGUUUUCAUUCUCUAUCUCUCUAAUACACAUUACAAUUUACCUCUCAUUCCUCAAUAAUAGAUAUGGAAGGUGAUGCCGGGAUUACCAAUGACAGCCUUGCUGCUGCUACGGAUCGUGCCAGCCUCCUGUCUCCUCCGGCACCCCAACCUUCUUCAUGGAGACUCAACAUAGACCAUUUCCGUCUCCCACAAACCACCUCCUCCUCUAAUCCUAAUCCUAGUUCUACUUCUCUCGGUCGUUUUUCCGCUUUCCGCCGCCUCUUCAGCCGUACCCCAAGGAAACACGGAAAGGUUCAAGAGUACUAUAAGAAACAGGAAAGACUCCUUGAAGGUUUCAAUGAGAUGGAAACAAUAAACGAAUCAGGGUGUGUACCAGGAGCAUUAACAGAGGAUGAAAUAGAGAAUCUUGCUAAGAGUGAGAGAAUGGCAAUCUAUGUGUCAAACCUGGCUAAUUUGGUCCUUUUCAUUGCAAAAGUUUAUGCUUCUUUUGAGAGCAGAUCUCUAGCAGUCAUUGCAUCAACCUUGGAUUCACUCUUGGACUUGUUAUCCGGAUUUAUUUUAUGGUUUACUUCAUAUGCUAUGAGAAACCCUAAUCAGUAUCACUAUCCAAUCGGAAAGAAGAGGAUGCAGCCAGUUGGCAUUAUUGUUUUUGCUUCAGUAAUGGCAACUCUUGGGUUCCAGAUAUUGCUAGAGUCUGCCAGACAACUCAUUUCCAAGACAAUCCCGGACAUGAAUCGUGAUAAUGAGAAAUGGGUGAUUGGCAUCAUGGUGAGUGUGACGGUGAUCAAGUUUAUGCUGAUGGUCUAUUGCCGUAGAUUCGAAAAUGAACUUGUGAGGGCGUAUGCUCAGGACCAUUUGUUUGAUGUCAUCACCAAUUCCGUGGGAUUAGUUUCGACUGUCUUAGCUGUGCGCUAUAAGUGGUGGAUUGAUCCCGUUGGAGCUAUAACUAUAGCAGUCUAUACGAUUCAUAACUGGUCGGGAACGGUUAUCGAGAAUGUGGGGUCAUUGAUUGGGAGAUCGGCUCCACCGGAAUUUCUAACAAAAUUGACGUAUUUGGUAUGGAACCACCAUGAAGAAAUAAAGCAUAUUGACACAGUCAGAGCAUACACAAUUGGUUCUCAUUAUUUUGUGGAGGUAGACAUUGUGUUGCCAGAGGAUAUGCGGCUGAGCGAAGCUCAUAAUAUUGGUGAAAUGCUACAAGAAAAGCUUGAACAGCUGCCUCAAGUUGAGCGGGCAUUUGUUCAUACUGACUUUGAGUUCAGUCACAGGCCUGAACACAAACCCAAGGUAUGUGCGAAAAGCUCGGAUUCAUGA